AUGGAACCCAUGGCAAUUGGCCCCUGGGUAUUUGGUGAGACUGAGCAGAAUGGGGAGAGCAUCACUGAUGAGAUGCAAAUCUGUCAGGUGACCUCUCCCAUGGUUCCCAAGUCUCCAGACUGCAGUACGGACGAAUAUGCAUUAUUUUCAGUUUGCAUCAUCCGAGAACCAACAGGCACUGUAAACAAUGACAGUGUCUGGUGCCAGCACCUCAACACAGUAGUCAAGAUGGAUGCUGAGUUGCAAAUGAAUGAGGAUCUUGAUUUGGUACAGACACCAGCUCCUGCUAAUAAAUUUAAACUACAAAGGCCUGUAGUAUGGAAUGAGAGCUAUCAACCAGAGAAACCCAAAGAGUGGGUAAGGCUGGACAUACCACACAUGAAGGAAUCCACACCAGCACCAGUGAGACAGCUGGACUGGUCCACAUUUGAGGAAGAUGACUCUUACCUUGGCAAGAUCCCACAGGAAUGGACUCAACCCAUAGCACCACAGCCACAAGUUGAUAGCAGCUCAAUGAUGGGUGAACCACAGGUUGUGCCAUCCAAAAAAAGGAAGGGCUGCACAAUUGAAGAUGGCAGAGCCAUCAAAGCAUAUGAGAAUGACUUACCCUUUAUCCUCCCCCAUGGCAGUGGUGACAACAACCCAAUGACAAUCAUUCAAGAGCAGUAA